CCGAGCUCACACCAUAGGAUGGUGUUUCCUUUGCAUAGUGAUGAUACUACUAGCCUGGAUUAUUGGAUGAACUGGAAAUUCGUACUAUGUAUAAUAUGGGUUUUUAGUCCCGUAGUUAUAGCAAUAAUUUUGAUUUGGAGAUAUGAAGUUACACAUGAUUUAAAAACGUACAAAGAGGAAACAUGGUUAGAAAGGGAUUGGUCGUUGUAUGAUCGUGAAGCAUGGAUGCCAUGUGUCAAGGAGAUUCACCCUGCUUGGUUACUGGUUUUCCGGAUCGUUGCAUUUUGUGUACUUUUUACUGCUUGUACCGCAGAUGUAGCUCAACAGGGGACUGAUUUAUUUUACUACUAUACUCAGUGGACGUUCACAUUGGUUAUAAUCUAUUUUGCGUUUGGAUCGUUGCUCUCAGCCUAUGGAUUGUUUCGGCAGCACAAGAAAGUUACUGUCAGUAGGUUAGAUAUAGAUUCACAACAAGCAAUUUAUGCGCCACUCAACCAUGAAGAUUUGGAGAAUGCAUCAAGUCAACAUGGACAAAAUUGUUUUUUGCAAAGUGCUGCUUCUUGGGGAUAUGUAUUUCAAAUACUUUUUCAGAUGGUUGCUGGGGCAUCAAUGCUAACAGAUUCUGUUUAUUGGCUUGUGAUGGUCCCAUUUCUUACCAUCAAUGAAUAUCCAAUGAGUUUUCUGACAGUUCUUGCACAUACGCUUAAUCUUGUUUUUCUUCUUGGUGAAACAGCCUUGAAUAGCUUGCGAUUCCCAUGGUUCAGAAUUUCAUACUUCAUCUUUCUUACGGCCUUAUAUGUGAUCUUUAACUGGGCCGUACAUGCCACUGUCGAAACUUGGUGGCCGUACCCCUUUCUUGACUUAUCCAUGAAAUUGUCUCCAUUAUGGUACCUAAUUGUUGCAUUAUUGCAUCUCCCAUGCUAUUAUAUCUAUGCACUCAUUGUGGAAAUGAAGUAUCGCAUAUUGGCUAAAUGGUUUCCUGAGUCAUAUCAAUGUCUCAGAUAAUAUAUUUCCGACAAGAUUUCACUUGUUCAGCUGUAGCACCCGAACCAGAAUGGUUGUUGAUGUUGGUACAAUAUGCUUAGACGCAAGAGAAUACAUAGCAAAAAAGUGUUCAUACGUGCUGCACAUCCUUUUGAAGUGCGGGUUCCUUCCUCAUUAAUACAUUCAUUCUUGCUCGGAUCAAAAUGUGAUAGAGCAUAUAUUGUGACAUUGAUUGAAUGAUAUCAAAGUUGGGGAUUCUUUACAAUUUUUAUUGUAAUUUAUUGAAAAUAAAUGACAAUGCACAUUAUUAUACAAA